CUCCGGUUAAGAGCAGGACUGAAUUUUGAGUUAUCAAUUGCCAGUCACCUAGGCAGUCUAGGCUCUAGCAGCCCACUAUAACCCGCCGCGAUCAAACCCCUCUGUCAACGUUGCGCCGACCUCGAGUCCCGAGUCGCGAUGACCGAGAAACAGCCUGCAGAGGCGGCGGCUACUGCACCAGAUCCAGAUGACGAUGAUCUCGACGACCUCGACGAUGUAUUAGACAGCUUCCAGAAUACAAAGGUGUCGGAACCCCCAAAGCCUGCACCAGCACCACCAGCACAAGCGUCCACAGCAACCGCUUCUGCACCAGCUACCUCCGGACCAGGACGACCGCCUGUGAUUAGCCAUGAUGCAGGCUCAGAAGAGGACUUUGCUGCUCAGCUGCAAGCUGGUAUGAGCGGCUUGAUAGGCGAGCUGGACGCCAACCCAGAAAUGCAAGCCGAGUUCGAAAAGAUGAUGCAAGAGCUCAUCGCUGCAGGAUCAGCGGGAACAGAUCGCGAAGCAGGAGCACAUCUACAAAAGGCUGCGCAAGCAAUCUCGCCAGAACAAAGCAAAGCUCAGCCUGCUACUGCUGCUGCUGCUGCGUCAAGUAGUGGAAGUAAGAAAGCGGGAAAGCAGGACAACUUCCAGGAUAGCAUUCGGAAGACGAUGGAACGAAUGCAAGCUUCGGAUAGCACAGCGAAGCAAUCCACAUCUUCUUCGACGCAAAACAUGUCAGAAGAGGAUCUUUUAGCACAGAUGAUGCGUGAACUCACAGAAGGCGGAGAGGGUGGAGAGGAGGGGUUCAACAGUAUGCUCAUGAACAUGAUGGCACAUUUGACGAAUAAGGAGAUUCUGUAUGACCCCAUGAAGGAGCUACAUGACAAGUACCCGGCGUACUUGGAGAAGAACAAGGACACGAUAUCGAAAGAUGAUCUUGCAAGGUAUAAGGAGCAACAAGCACUUGUGAAGGAGAUUGUGGAGAGAUUCGAUCGGAAGGGUUACAGUGAUGAUAACGAGGAUGAUCGGGAAUACAUUGUCGAGAGGAUGCAAAAGAUGCAAGCGGCCGGAUCUCCACCUACAGACUUGGUGGGAGACAUGUCCGCAGCGCAAGAGGCACUUGGAGAUCUCGAAGGAGGCUGUCCGACACAAUAGCCAUUCUUCUGUACAUUCGUGAUACCCGUCUUGGUCCAACGGUGCUGUGUUUAGCUACAUGUAAUUGUUACUACCGAUUCUUCCGUAACGCAUGACUAGGUAGGUAGCCACCAACGCCUCGCUAAAGGUGCAAUUAAUCACAUGCGGAGCACUCAUGGCUCACGACAUAUCCAUCUCGUCGUCGCCACCUACCAACCCAUGUUGCGCGUCCGAUAUGACUUGAGACGAUUGUGCGGCGGCAGCAACAGCAGCAUUCCCACCAGCCUGUUCCUGCUGGCUCAGAACUUCCUCAAACAAAGCAUCAUAAUCUGCAUCAUCAGACCACAAACUCGUCUCGUCAAACUCAUUCCCCUCCUCCUGAUUCAUAGCAUCAUCAUCACCAUACUCCUCUCCCGUCGGCGGCAAAUGCUCCAACAACGCUUCCAACUCCUUCCCCUCUUCCCUCAAAAACUCCUCCACUUCCGCCUCCUGCGAAACACUCCUCGUCGCAGAGUUCGCCAUUGAAGAUCUCUGCAAUCCAUUCAUCUGCCCGCUCGCCACGGGAAGAUCAUACUCAUCAUAACCAUCAUCGACCACCCCAUCAUCAUGCUCAUGCUCAUGCUCAUACUCCUCUUCUUCUUCCUCUUCUUCUUCUUCUUCAGCAAGAUAAUCCGAAGCGGCCAAAGCCGCCUCCCUCGCCCUCUCAGCCUCCCAAGCACGUUGUCUCUGCAUGAAAUCCCACCUCAUCAUAUCCUCGCCUCGCGUUUCAAAUCUGGCCUCGUCGCGUCGAAGAGCAAUUUUGCGGAGAUACGCGUCUCGUCUGCCAGUGUGUAAAGCGGAAGGUGCUCGAAGUUGAUGUUGGAAAGGAGGUCGUUUGAUGGGUCGUUGGGAGAAGGGGAUUCUACUGCUGCUGCUGCUGCUGCUGCUGUUUGUCGUAUUUGUAAUCGUCACAGCUGCUGCUGCUGCUACCGGUUGUGGAAAAUUCUCUUCGUCGUCGCGAGGAUUUGAACCAUUUCGCGAAAUGGACUUGCCGUGUGGUUCGUUGGUGCUCAUAUGGUUGUAGGAGAAGGAAGAAGAAGAGGAUGCGGAUUGCUGAAACUGGUGGCGACGCACUCCAUAGAUGUUUGCGCUUCGUGGGGAGAGUGGCGAUGGCACGUAAGCGUAAUUGGGCGAAGAGGAAGAAGAAGAAGAAGAAGAAGAGGGAGCGAAUGCGAGCAUUUUUGAUUCAAAC